ACAUAUAAGAAUGGACAACGUUCCCCGUUUAUCAGAGGUCCUGUAUGUUGGUCUGUGUCGUAAGAUAGGGACACCGACAGAAGUGGCCAUCAGAAGGGACGUGAUGGACAUGGAUGAAAUGAUAAAGAAACCUUUUUUCAAUCAUAGAAAAAGUGCUGUGAUGUUGAGUGGUAGUAAUAGAGAGGGAUUUAGGUUGAGAUCAUCUGACGUAGAUCGAAUGUUCUGGUUUAGUAAUCAUAAAUUAAUCACUGACAUAUCCCAGUCUCGGCUUUAUAAUUCAUCAAAAUAUAUAUUUGUGCUGAUGGAAGAUUCUGAUACACCGCCAGGAUUUGUCAGAUUACGCCUCCUGACACCAUCGCGACAAACAUUCAUGACAUCUUGUCUUGUUCCCUGUAGUGACGAUGUCUAUAUAUCUAGUCGUCUGUGGAGAGAAUCCUUUUUUCAAUCCCUGCAUAAGAAAGGUUUCAACAACAAGUUUUCAAAAAUUCAUGGUCCUUGUAGUAGUGGUUUCAAUACAGCAUUUGAAUUCGACGAAGUUUUGUGUUUCGCCUCUUUUCCCUGGCCUAAGCUGUUAGGAAGUUGGGUUGACAGAUGCCAGCGGCACACCUGGCCGUCUGCAACUGCGUUAGAAAAAAAUCCUUAA